UACUACACACGAGCCGUCGUCUGUGCAUGUGAAGGAUAAGAACGGAGAGAGGAUCGGAACACGUACUCGCACUAAAUGUUCCAGAAAAUUGGGUUCGCCCCAUCCUUCCUUGCUUCCUUCACUUUCUCCUUUUGGGGCCAACGGGAGAUAUCAAGUUUACACGAGUGACACGGUGGAAUAGAUGAUGACGAUGGUGAUGAGAGGAUGGUGCUUCUAAAGUGUGAUCCUGUCCUUCGACAAGAUAUUCUGACAGAUAUCUUGGGUCGGAAUGGGUUCGCUGAUGUGUCUUUGGUGGCCAGAGAGCAAGCCUUUCCGGCACAUCGGAUUGUCUUGGGAGCCAUCUCGCCAACCAUUCGGCAAAUCCUGGACGAUGCCGACUAUAGUGAGGCCAGAGAGGACAACGGUAUGGUCGAGAUCCACUUGCCCGAUUUUCAUGGUGAUCAAGUCAAAGCUUUUCUGGAUUUCGUCUAUCAGCCCAAUCGGUAUAUGAAUGAAGUUCCAGCUAUCGAUCUAAUAUCGUUUUUGGAAAUUGACACGCAAGGUUCCUUUCCGGUCCAAGUUCUCGGGAAGAGAGGAAGAAGACCUAAAGGUCACAAGAAGGAUCCAUCGCCCCAUUCAAUCUCGCCUCGGAAGCGACUCCGCACCAGACGAGUCCAACCUUCGUACAAUGAAUAUGGCGACGAUUUUGAAGAGGAUUUAGGUGAUCCUCCACAAUCCAAUGGACCCCCUCUCCGCCCAAAUCUGAUUCGGGAUGAGCAUUUGGACUUUGAAGGCGUGGAAAGUCUCCUGUCAUCUCAAGUGAAAACUGAAUUAUUAACCGAUGAAGUAGAUGACAUCAAGAUGGAAAGAGUGGAAGAUUCCGAAUUUUGGACCUCUCAAGAAGUGCGAAGUUUACUUGAAUCGGGCUCAAUGAACGUUUGGUGUUUGGAUUCGGUCGGAAUCGAGAACUAUAAACAACAGUCCAGCCAGUUCAAAGCCGAAUCCGCCUACAGAGCCUUGUUUGGUAUCCAAGAAAGUGAGGGAAGAAUUCUCGGACGCCUUUUGGCAUUCAGUGAUCCAACGUCUGAAGAGAUCGAGUCUCAAUUUGAGGACUCGAUUGGUGCUAUGAAAGAAAUUGCUGGAUUCUCCAAUGGCGAUCUGCUCUUCCAAACCGUGUUCUUCACUCGCCAAAACAUGUCUCCUCCAAAGAGUGUAAUUGAUUUGAGAAACUCACUCCAAGAGAAAAUGGAAAAGCUACCAAGUGAUCAAAUACAAAAAAUGAUGCGAGGAGAUCAUGUGCGCCAGACCAUGGAACGAACCAGCAUGAGGAGGAGCAACCUCUGUAAUGGUUUGUCUAUCAAUCAAAGUCAAGCCCUCCAAAGUACAACUAAUCUGAGCCAUCAAGACAUGAGCGAUGUGAUCCUUCUUUACUUCGAUUCCCAAUCAAAACAGAUCUUCCUCAAGCGCCUUGAAUUGUCUAACGAAAGGAUCUCGGAGAGUGCCUCCGUAUGGAUCAAAGUGCUCUUCGACGUGUGGUGCACAUCUAGCCAUUUCCUGGAGAAGUCGCCGAUGCUAGUCAAAAAAUUCGAAAGCGUGUCAGAGCCCAUGACCAUCUACUAUGCUGGCAAAGCCAUUAUGGAAAGUCGAGAAUUCAAAUGUCCACUUUGUCCCGAGGUGUUCCCAUUGAUUACGCAGGAAGGUCGAAAUCGAUACGAAUCUCAUCGAAACGUCCACGAGAUCCAGAACUUCUCUUGCCAGUGUAACGUACUCUUGAAUACCACCGUGGAUCGAACGAACCAUAUCAAGCUCUUCCACUCCAAUGGAAAGUACAAACAAUGCUCGGAUUGCGAGUUCAUUGGCACCAAUGAAGAGGUCACCAUCCAUAGGAACCAGAUCCAUCAGACCUACAUUUGUGACGUGUGUGGUCAUGUGAGUGAGAAUGUGAAGAAACACAACAAUCAUAUCCUCAAGCAUAAAGUGUUCAAAUGUAAAGAGUGUGGCGAGGAGUUCGUCGGCUCUUCCAAGUUCAGCCAUCAUCGGGCGGAUGUUCACGGAAAAGAGUUCAGUUGCGAAGAAUGCGGCAAGAUUAUCAAAGGCCGAUGGAAGUGGCUGCAACACGUGAAGAGCACUCACGGCGGCAAUCGGUUCAUGUGCGAUAUAUGUGGUCAGGGAUUCAAGCAUAAGCUGACCAUGAAGAGGCACAAGAUCAGCGUGCACAUCAAGAAUCGGCCCUUUGUCUGCCGUUACGGCUGCGGAGCGGACUACAACGACGAAUGCAAUCUUCGGACGCAUGAAAAGCGAAGGCACGGGGGGAUUUACAAGAAAGGCGAUUCUUACAAAGAUGUGUACAAGAACCUGUGACCGGAAAGCGUCAACAUACACAUUCCAGGGUUAUAGAAUACAUGAUUAGGAUUGCUAAGCUAGA